CAACAGUAACGGAUUAUGUAGUGUCUUUGAAGUUUUUCUGGAGGUUCAGUGUAGCCACACUCAGAUAUAUACUCUCUGAGUGUAGCUCUAAACUGCUCAACACUCUCUGCUCAGAAGUCGAAGUAGGAAAGCAGAAGUGAUGGAGUGAUUUGGGGGUUAUGUUGUGAAAAAGGAAUAUAAUUAUGGGACUUUACUUUUAUCAUUUUUGCCGACUGUUGUUUUGUAUACAGUUAUAUUAUUUUAGUUGAUUGAGGUUUUCAUUUUAUGAUUGAUAAUUAUUUGUUAUAACAUUCUGUGAAAAUGUCUGAAGCUACAACUGACCACGACCAGCAUGAACCAGAUUGGCCGAUUCGACCUUGUGAAAUGUAUAAAGAAGAAUACAAAGAUUGUACAAGCUUCCGAGCUCGAUUUCAUCAAUAUUUCAUUUAUGGGGAGACCCUUGAUUGCACUCAGUGGAAGAAGGACUAUGAUAACUGUGUACGAUGGACAAGAGAUAAAAAUGUAAAAGCCUGUAAAGAACUUUCGGAAAGUGAAAAGAAGAGAUUUAAUGAUCGAAUGCGAGCACAUUAUCGCAAUGAUGUCUGGGAGAAAAGAUCUGAACCUCCAGAAGAUUGGAAUAAACCUUUACCAGAGUGGAUGCAAAAGAAUUAUCAAGGAACAUACUUAGAUUUUAAAUCAGUGGAAUUUAAAAAAGGGGCAGGAACAGAAGAACGGACUCUUUGUAUAAUAUUGUAAAUGAUAUGUAUUUGUGUUGAUAGUAGUUUAAGAUUAGAAAGUGUAUUAAAUAAAUCGUGAAGUAAAUGGAGUUAAUUGUUGCAAGUUUUUCAUUAUGUACUAAAACAUUAAUUUUCCUGUGUUAGGUAUAAAAAAUUCUACUUCUUGAAGAAUGUGGUGUUUUCUACAUAAAUUUAAAAU